GGCGAUGGAUUCUCCUUCAGUGGAGGGAAGUAUUCUGAUGGGAAGAGUCCAUCCGAUGAAUGGUUUGCUAAAGGAAAAAUGAUAAAAGCUUAUCCUGUCUACGGCGGCAAAGGGAGGGCAAAGGAUCCAAUUUUUGGUCUUACCAUGGGAGCUGGCUCGCAAUCUGCAGAUGAUGUUUUCAGAUGGUUUUGUGUCGAAUCUGGAAACUCCUCUAAUCAUUCAGUCAUACUAAUUCAUGGUUUUCCAUCUCAGGCAUAUUCAUUUCGCAAAGUCCUUCCUGUUCUUUGUGAAGAUUAUCACGCUAUUGCUUUUGAUUGGCUUGGUUUUGGAUUUUCAGAGAAGCCUCAGCCAAAGUAUGGCUUUGACUAUACAUUGGAUGAAUUUGUUUCAUCUUUGGAGUCACUUAUUGAUGCACUUGGUCAAGAUAAAUUUUCACUUGUUGUCCAGGGCUAUUUUGCUCCAAUAGUUGUCAAAUAUGCCAGCUGUCACCAAGAAAAACUGAAAAAUCUUAUUCUCAUCAACCCCCCCAUAAUGGAAAAGCACAUCAAGUUACCAUCAACUUUGUCCAUAUUCAGCAGCUUCUUGUUGGGUGAGAUAUUCUCCCAGGAUCCUCUCAGAGCUAGUGAUAAGGCUUUGACUAGUUGUGGGCCAUAUAAAAUGAAAGAGGAGGAUGCAAUGGUUUAUAGAAGACCAUAUCUUACUUCUGGAUCUUCUGGUUUUGCAUUAAAUGCGAUAAGUAGAACCAUGAGUAAGGACUUGAAGGUUUAUGUUGAAUCAAUGAGGACAAUAUUAGCCAGCGAAUCUUGGAAGACAGACACAACAAUAUGUUGGGGUCUAAGAGAUCGAUGGUUGGGCUAUGACGGUGUUGAAGAUUAUUGCAAGUCCUUAAACCAUAGACUGGUGGAACUGCCAAUGGCAGGUCACCAUGUGCAAGAGGAUUCAGGAGAAGAGCUCGGAAAGAUCAUUGCACGAAUUAUUGAUAAAUAGAUUAUGUCAUAAGUUGCAUAAUUCCAUGUUAAGUUCAACAUACACAAUUGUGCUCCUUGAACCGAGUUAGCAAUAUGAUGUACUGGGUAUUGUACAUAGUAAUCUUCACUCAAGGGUGACUCAAUAUGAUAUUCUGCUGGACAAUCUGUCAUGUUUCCUAGGUUUGAAUGUUGAAUUUAGUUGCAUAAUUGGGAAAAACAAGUUAGAUUUGUGCUUUGUAACUGAGCUAUCUGGAUUAUGUAUUUUGUCCAAAGUAUACUAGUCCCAUUGUUUAAUUUUUA